CCCGGGAGCGGGUAUAUAAACUCGCGCAAACGCCCGGCGUCAAUCUUCAUUAUACUCCAUUACAGGAAUGAUGGGACCAACCACUAUUCUCUCGCUCUUGGCAGUCGCCAUGAUGACAGUUGACGGCAGAAUCUACUCGAAGUGCGCCCUGGCCAGCGAGUUGGUCAGUCAGCACGGCAUCAACAGGGACGACGCCCCUGACUGGGUGUGCAUGGCGUUUGCCGAAUCCACCCUCAAUACGGCGGCAACCAACGCCAACAGCGGAGGCUCCAGCGACUACGGUAUCUUCCAGGUCAACAGCAAAUGGAACUGCGACCCCCAGGACGGUAGAAAGACCUACAAUGGCUGCGGACACCCUUGCUCCGACUAUCUGAACAGCAACAUCGGUGACGACGUCAAGUGCGUCAAACAGCUACUUCGGGAACACCGCGGCUGGGGCUUCUCAUACGGGCAUGGCGCACAGUGUAGCUCUGUGACCAGCAGCUACUUGAGCGGAUGUACCUACUGAAUUGUCAUCCGGGCGUGUCACGACAGUCGCCAGGGCAACAUCUUUUAAUGAGAUUGGAGCGACGUUGUCCUUCUCUUGAAUAAAAGCAAUCAAAGAUA